AUGGAAACUGGGAAUCACACAUUCAGCAGUAACUUCAUUCUUUUGGGACACUUCUCUUCUUCCCGAACAAGUCUGGUUUUCUUCUUUAUAGUCAUCAUAUUUAUUAUGACCAUUACAGAAAAUACAGUCAUAAUCCUCCUUAUCUGCAGGGACUUACGGAUCCAUACUCCAAUGUAUUCCCUGCUCAGACAUCUUUCUUUUAUGGAUAUCUUGCAUAGUUCCAACAUUGUUCCCAAAAUCAUCACUGACUUUUUGUCAGGCAGCAGAACUAUUUCAUUUGCAAGUUGUGGUUUUCAGAUAUUUCUGUCCCUCACCCUCCUUGGUGGCGAGUGCCUCCUUCUGGUCUCAAUGUCCUAUGAUUGCUAUGUAGCAAUCUGUCACCCACUGCACUAUCCAAUUCUUAUGAAUGACGAUGUCAGCCUCCUCAUGGCUACAGGGUGCUGGCUUGUUGGGACUAUCAACUCCACAGUUCACAGAGCUUAUGCACUUCACUUCCCCUUCUGUGGCUCAAGAGCCAUUGAUCACUUUUUCUGUCAGGUCCCUGCCAUUUUGAAAUUGUCAUGUGUAGACACGACAAAAUAUGAAUGGGGAGUUUAUGUAAGUUGCAUCAAUUUCCUACUCACUCCUUUCUCCCUUAUCUUUGCUUCUUGUGUCCAAAUUCUCCUUACUAUCCUUCAAAUGAAAUCACCAGAGGCACAGACAAAGUCAUUUUCUACCUGUUCUGUUCACAUGAUUGUGGUCAUAACAUACUAUGGGCCAUUUAUUUUCACAUACAUGAGACCUAAAUCAUACCACCUUCCAGACCAGGAUAAGCUCCUGGCGUUAUUCUAUACCAUCCUCACACCUACAGUCAACCCACUCAUCUACAGCUUUCAAAAUAAAGAUGUUCUGGAGGCAAUGAAAAAUAUGCUCAAAAGUAACUUUCUCCAUAAAAAUAGUAGGACAAAUUCUUGA